CUUAUUUUAACGCGUCGCCGCGCAAAUUCGACACUUCACAUUGUCAAGGUGGGUUGUCCAUACUUUUCCUCUUUGGCAUUACCAAUUAGAAAAACAAGAGAUGGACCGUAUGUAUACACAAUGAGUCGCUACCUCACGCCAUCCAAGGUUGCAUUACUGUGCCUCAUCUCUAUCUACACAGAAGGGGUUGUCCCCAACUCCUCGGCUGUCCAUAUUCUCUCAUUCUUGGUCGCGUGUCUAAGUCCUUGGGACUGCGACCCAAGCUCUUCGCCCCCAGAAUGGAAGUCUCUUUGCUCAGUAUCUAUAGUGGACCUUGAACGAGCUUUGGCUACCCAGUCAUCAUCAAUCCCUGGUCGCUCAAUUUGGGACUUGUUUCUCAAAAAGGUUUGGUCUAUUGAUUCAUGCGAUGGACUAGAAGUAUUCUUCUCCAAUGUGUUAGACAUGUUGGCCAAGUCGCGGGAGGAGCAGAUCCGCGACAGAGACAACGGCUUGGCUCCGGGGGUAGGCUGUAUGCGUCUCUCUCGGUGUUCGCCACUGGGAGCGUUUGUGAGACGAGCCCAACUUGAAUUUACAAGGCUCCAAUUUCAUGACUCAGUUAAGCUCUGGAAGGGGCUUGUCCAGUAUCGCCUCCCCACUUACCACGCAUGGGCAAAGCGAAAUCCGUCCGAUGAACAGGCUAUGGUUGAUAUGAACCUACUUGAGCUUGGUUUAGACACUAGUAGUCAACUUGCUCAGGUGGCAUACGGUAACGUUCACGUCGACUCGGAGGAGGACAGCUAUAUCAGCACAAAAGACGUGGAACUCUUGCUGGAGUUCCAAAUUAGCGAGCUACAACGAAUGGGAGGUAGAGUGCCGGAUGGCAUGAAACUGCGCCUACAACGCAUUAUUGCAUCUGGAGUGACACUUCCCAACCUGGUGCACUACUUAAGAUUCUUGGACGCUUGGAGGGCUGGAGAUUACCCAUCAUCGUUUGACAAUCUUCAUCGCUACUUCGACUAUACGAUGCAUAGUAGGGAUCGAAGCUCUUAUCAAUACGCUUUGUUGAAUUUAGCUAUUCUUCAAGCGGACUUUGGUUGCUACGGGGAAGCUGUAUCUGCGAUGCAGGAAGCUGUUUCUAUUGCCCGAGAAUCUCAUGAUAUGAACUGUCUCAAUUUCUGCAUGAGCUGGUUAUAUCACUUCGGCAAAGCUUUUCCAGAACAUAUGGAGGAUGUUCAAAACACAGGAAUGCUUGGAAACGAGAAGGAAGGCCUAACUUUUCUCAAGGCGAAAGCGAAAGAGACAGAAAUGUGGAGUCUCUUGAGUACAACCUUACUAAGUGAGGCCAAACUAGAACUGCAGAAUGGUGAGAGCCUUGCCUCUUCCAUGGAAAACAUAAUCCGAGCGUCGCACCUUAAUGUAGUCAAGAACCUUGCGAAUUCAACCGGGCCACAGCUUCUACUACAAACUACGCUUUAUGCCAGAAUCGGCAUUACACAUAUGGCAUUGUUAAGUUGCGAAACCUUCCAGGAAUGCUACGCAACCAAAGCACCGUUUGAAGAUUUUCUAAAGAGCACCUUCCGCAGCUCUCAAUUGCUAGCGCAGCAAGGUCGAUUUAAAGAGGCCUCGGCGCGUAUGAAUCAAAUCACUCCCGACAAGCUACGCUCUCUAAAAUCAAAUCAAUAUUGGACGUUCUUCUCUGGAGCGUUGCAGCUUAAACGGCAAGUGAAUCGUGAUGAUAAAGUGGCAACCGACUGCCUACUCUCGCAGCUUCAAGCAAUUCAACUCCCAGAUAAUGACACAGCAACACUAUUGGAUUUCCUCCAGGUUGAGUAUUUGAUCCGACAAGGCAAUUACACUCGCGCAUUGGAGAUCGUCGAGCACAUAGCCCAAACCAUCCACCGGGACAACUUUGACAUCCACUGUCAAGUAAAGCUCCUAUGCCUUAAAGCUCGUAUACUUGAGAAGACCUCUCAACCCCAGCGUGGGUUCUCCUUAGCAAUGAGGGCCGCCAGCAUCGCCUACCAGUCGAGGCUUCUGCCUGGUCUUUGGGAAGCUAUCUGCGUCCUAUCCGGAGUCCUUCUCAGUCUUCGGGAAUUCGAAGCUGUUGUGGCAAUGGUAGAAAGUGUUAUGCCUCAAAUUCUCGAGUCCAGCGACUGUGACCUUGCAGCCCGAGCAUACUCUCUUCUAGUGGAUGCAAAUAUGGGCAUCGCGGGAAAUUUACGGAGUCAGGUAUCCGGACACAAUGCUCCUAUUAGAAAGGAGUACAUGAACCGGGCGCUGGAAUAUCUAGAUUGCGCUUAUGACCAGUAUGAAGAGAUCGAAGAUAUUCAAGGACAGUGUGAAAUGAUGGCCAAAAAAGCUACCGUUAUGCAUCUGACCGGUGAUUUAGUCCUGGCGAAUGAUUAUGCGGCGAAAUAUUUGGAUCUGCGGCGGCUCGGUAGCACAGAUAGGUCAUAGAAUACUCGAAUUCAUCUUUUCAAGUUAACUCCUUGUGGAGCCACGAAACCAAAGGAUACAAAGCUUCGAUUCUAACUAGUCAAACUAGACUAACAUCCGCACUGUGGUAGAAUAGUCAAUUUGUCUACAGCCUCCAUCACACCUCGCUCUGUCUGCUGCUCUUUGCGAUAAAUAUACAUUUCGUUGCUCGCCCCAUGCUUCAAGACUCUCCGAUUGAAG